AUGUACAAAUUCAAUAAAGCUUUCGACACCAUCUCACCUAAUCUUGGACCUUUAUUGGUGCCCACUUCUCAUGAAUCCAAGCUCCAAAGAACAGAAUUAUUUCUCCAGCAUGAAGCUGAGUAA